AUGAGUCUAGAUUUUUCAACUCCUGUACAGCCUAGUGGCAUUAGUGACAUACCGAUACUUGAGCCAGUAGAGUCAUCAGAGUCAUCCAUUUCAAUUCCACCUCAUCCUUUAGGUGUCAAGCCAUCAGGAAACCAAUAUACCGCCACCAGCAAUUCACGUUACGCCAUAGGGCAUUUCCGGAUCUUGCCGGAUGAAGUAUUGGCUAUCUUACUAGAAUCUUUGGAUUCAGAAUGGUUGGGUUUCCUUGGUUCAACUUGCAAAUUUCUAUAUGCAUUUUGUCGAUCGGAAGAAUUUUGGAAACCUCUAUUCAUUGAGUCUCCAACAUCCAAGUCAGGUUCAUUCAAGUGGCGAGGCUCCUGGCGCGCUACUUUUCUCAAAAUAGAAGAUAGCGAUCUCUCCAAGAUCCAAUGUGAUAAUGUCUUCUCAGACGUAUUAUACCGACCGUUCCUCUGCACCCACACACCACUUGCACCGUACACAACAAACAUUCCUCGACAGAACGAGAUCGCCCGACUAGAAGACCUCACACAAGAAGAAUUCAGCUCAACCUGGAGCGACAAACCUUUCAUCCUAACCAAACCCGUGCGAGAAUGGCCCGCCUACCAUUCUUGGAACACGGAAGCUCUCCUCCAACAAUACAGCGACACAAAAUUCCGCGCCGAAGCCGUCGAUUGGUCCCUCGAAACUUACAUGCAAUACAUGAACAACAGCAACGAUGAAUCACCCCUCUACCUCUUCGACCGCGACUUCAUCUCCAAGAUGAACCUCCCUACCAGCAAAGACAUCUCCACCCCUCCCUACCAAAUCCCCUCCUGCUUCGGCGAGGACCUCUUCACAGUCCUCGGUCCCAACCGACCCGACGAUAAAUGGCUCAUCGUCGGCCCCGCCCGCUCAGGCUCCACCUACCACAAAGAUCCCAACGCAACCUCUGCCUGGAACGCCGUCCUCCGCGGUUCCAAAUACUGGAUCAUGUUUCCAUCCAACCCCUCAUCUCCACCACCCCCAGGCGUCUUCGUCAGCGCCGAUCAAUCCGAAGUCACAUCCCCCCUAUCCAUCGCCGAAUGGCUGCUCGGUUUCCACGCGGAAGCGCGCCGCACCCCCGGUUGUGUCGAGGGUGUGUGUGCUGCGGGGGAAGUCCUGCAUGUACCUAGUGGCUGGUGGCAUUUAGUGGUUAAUUUAGAUGCCAGUAUAGCUCUAACACAGAACUUUGUACCGCGCGCGCAUCUAGUGGGCGUAUUGUCUUUCCUGAAAGACAGAGCGGAUCAGGUGUCGGGGUUCAAGAAGGAGGUGCGGGAUCCAUAUGCGAUGUUUGUCGAGGGCAUGAAAAAAGAGCACCCCGAGCUGUUGGAGGAGGCGAUGGCGGAGCUGGAGAGGAGAGCCGAGGGGAGGAAAAGAAAGUGGGAUGUAGCUGUUGCGAAUGGGGAUGGGGAUGGAGAGGCUGGAGGAUUUAGUUUUGGAUUCGGGGAGGAUAGUGAUGAGGAGAUACCCUAG